AAACAGAAGCUGUUGUUGAAGUAGAGGAAGGAUGUUUUGGAAUGCGGCGGUCACCGAAUAGUGUGUGCAUUUGGUGCCCCAAUUCUCACGUUUUAAAUGCCUAAAAUUGGAGUGUUACCGUUCCUCGGGUGGUUUCAAACGAAACCCCUUUAGCGCGGGCCCCACCGUUCCCAUUAAUCCAUCCAUGCUGUGUCUGUUUAAAACACAAUUCAGCGUUCAAUUCAAUGUGUUAAAUGGAUAUAACAAAAUGAAAGUGUUAAAAUGAGUUCGAGGCCCCAUUCUGGAAGUAAAUCCUCGACCGGACAUAGACGUUCGGAAUCAGGGGGCCAUCAUCAGCACUCUUCCGGUUCGGGGCAAAGUUACGAUGAACACAAAGAACGGAAACAUCAUCGUUCGAAAUCGGGGGUGCAAGAACGUGAAAGAACCGAAUCUGGUUCAUCACAAUUAUCGAACAGGUUAGAAUUUCGUUCGGCUCAAGGUCUCGCCAAUGAUAAUAUUAAUCAAAUGAUUGUUCGCCCAACCACUUUGUUGCCAUUACGUCCCACACAAGAUGGUUCCGUUGAUUCUACUCUCCCGGAACGACAACCACUAAAAUUUGAUGUAAAUCUUAUUGGGGCUCCUCCUGAAGUCGAACAACUCGUUAAAAACAUCAAACAGGUUGCUGAAACGUUUUUGUAUCAUUGGAAAACUUUCCCUAUCGUUCUUCCAACUCCGGUUUCUCAAACCGAUUCAUUUCCAACAUCACAAGUUUCUUCGGACGGAUCUUUAUCCCGAUCUCGUUGUAAAUUCCACCUUCGCGAUCUCUUUGUGGCGCCAUCUUUUGACGAAUUGGAUGCGGUCGCCGUUGACGGGAAAGGCGAGCCGAGGAAAUUAACCGGAAAACAAUUAGAGUACAUCCGGGAAAGAGGCUUGCACAAGGAUAAAUAUGGAAAGCCGAAACGGCUCAACUGCGAACAACUAGAGUCAAUUAGACGUCACGGUUCUUUUGAAGUGGAAUCAUUGAAUUUUCCGGGUCAACAGCACAAAUGGCAACUUUCUCAAUUACUUCAGAAAGGUACGGAGCGCAGUCGAGAAUCUCUCCUCAACGAUUUAGCUUUAUCGUUACGGUUUUUGGUGGUAACCGGGAAAGGGAGGCUCGUUUCGCAUUUUUUCAGCGUUUCCCAAGCUUUAAAGAGUCUUUUAAAAGGGGUUUUAAGAAUAAUCGAUGUUUUAAUUGGAAUUCCGAGCUUGCAAGCUCACAAUUUGGACACGAAAAUCCGCGAGGAACGUAGUAAAUACCUCGUUGCUGAAUUAGUUUGCAGGCCCGAACAUGAAGAUUCGUUGGAAAUGUUGUGUUCGUACGUUCGUAAACAACUGCGUAGAGCUGCCACGGAAAAAUUUGAGGUUGCUAAAGAGUGCACUCAAACUCCAGUUUCCGUUCCCUACAAAUAUUUGACUCCGGCAACCACCGAAUUAGAUUUAAGACUUUGGGAUCGGACUUUAAUAAGAAAAGCGAUCCCCGUUUUGGUAUCAAUUUUAGAGCGAGAAACUCGCGGGUGGUUUCUACACUUUCGAGAGCGUCUCAUUGCAGAGCUCCGAGCUGAGAAAAUGUGCGACGAAGAUAUUGAACAACAAGUUAAUGAAGCCGUUAUGAAGGAAUAUUUACAAAGGGUUUAUAACAGUAUCUUAUCGCACGCUGAUAUCCAAGCUUUAGGGGAAGGAAUUCCCCAGUUGUUUGUGCAACAAGCCCAAAGUGUUGUUUUAAUGCAUCGAGCCGUGGAAAGCGUUCAAUUGCGUUUAACCAAAAGCCAAGAAUGUUUUAGAAUUAAACUCUACAACACACACCCAGUUUUAUCGAGAAUCGAACCUUGGUUACGAUCUAAAUUACACGCAGCUCAGGUUAGGUUUAGCUUCGAAAAUCAAUGGAGCGCCCAUCAGGAGGCUUUAUCGUAUUGUACACAACAAAAACUUAAUCAAACUAUGUACUUUUUAAAUCGUGAUCUCGCUUUUAUGAAAGAGAGAGAACCAGCUUUAUUACGUGAAUUACGCAAAGUAAAAACCCCAACGCGUAGUUUUUUAUGGCCCACCCAAAUCUGGUUACCAACGAAUUGGAUUGUUCGUCGCAGUUUUCAAGGUCAAUCAGAAAUAAUUCCUACCAUCCUAAGCAAACAAGCGACAAGCAUAACAACGCCACGUUCCGAUCCGAGUCAGCCCGUUUUUCUGGUUGAAAAAGAAAUCGUAAGAACCACAACAACCCGUUGGCCAUUAUGGCGCGUUUUUAAUUAUUUCCAUCGAUCGUGGUGUUGGACCUGGAACGCAAUGUUUUUCUUUGGGGUUGUUUUGCCAUGGUGUAGCCCGGUGGGGUUGCGAGCCCUUCUUUGCGUAAAACCCUUCAUGCCCGAUUUAGAGUUAUCCCAAGUGAAUGGAACCUUGUUUCCAAGAAAAAGCAGUUUGACGUCGACGCUUUGUUCGCGGUUGGUUAAUUUGUGGAGACACAUUUCGAAAUCUCGGACGCAUUUUGAAACGAAACCCGACACCGGGUUCAUUGGGAAAGGGUUAACGCGACAUUUAAAUCGAGUUUGGAAUUACGCCGGGAAAGGAUUGUGCGGGACGUUGUUUUUAGUGGUGGUUUUUCCGGUUGUUUGUGUUGCGGUUAUCGUGGGGAGUCUUUUUGUGGCCGUUUUCGCUGUUUUGUGGAUGCCCGUUUUAACUUUGGGGGUCCAAAUAACGAAUGGAUUGAUUUAUGACCUCGAUAGCCCGGAGAGUCAGAAGAAUCGAUAUUUCAUCGUUUUCGAAGCUUUGAUUUUUAAUAUUAUAAUCGAGGGAUUAAUCCAACCGAUUUUGGCUUUAUUUGUCGCUGCUGUUAUUUGUCCAUUAAUAGCUCUUAUUAUUUUAGCAGGUGGUGUUUCUCGAUAUUGGUUACGAUUAUUAUGGGAUACAACUCUUUUUCAUUUAAUAAUAAAGAAGCGUGGUCGAAUUCCCGCAAGCGAUAGUUUCGUUGUGAAAAGAAUUGCUGGGCCGGGAUUAGCGGCGGAUUAUUAUUUUCAAAUAAGCCCGGAACAAGCUUUGGCGGCUUUUGAGGCGAAAAUGGAAUGGGAUGAGCUCUCCGCGUAUCAAUUAAUAGUUGAAAACACGAUUAUGCAGCCCCAAAAAGAUUUUGCCCAAUUCAUUGAGGCUUGUUUUGGAAGCUUUUCGACUCAAUUAGCGAAAAACGGUCAAUAUAAAAUGUUGGAGAAGGAGGCUCAAGAUCUCGUGGGGAUUUUACACGAAAAAUUGGAAAAACGACGGAGGGAUUUGCAAACGGGGUUAAGUGUGACUGUUAAAAGUCGGAUUAAGUUGAGUAUGAACGAAUUAAAAAUUGCGAUUCAACAAGGUGCUUUAAUGUUGGAGCGAUUUUAUCCCAUUCAUGUUUUUCCGAGGAUGAGUUGUAGCGAGGAGCAAUUUUGGGAUGCGAAAACGCUUACUCCGGGUGAUUGGCCCGGAUUAGCGGGGGUUUUGUACUCUGAAUUAUUUAGCUUGGAUAUUUUAACCCCGUUGGAUCACUCGGAUACGAGUUUCCGGCUUGACCCACAUCCUCAAAUUGAUUUAUCGAGGUACACGGAGAUGGUUCAUAGUGCCCAAUUAGGUGUGGGUGGACCUGAUUUAUUGGGGAAUGUAUACACACCGAGAGGAAAUAUACAAGUUCAAUCACCAUAUUUGGAAGUUUCGGCGUUUAAUCCCCGUGCUAAAUGGGCUUGUACGGGAAAAAAACCUGAAAAGAGGCCAGAAUCAAAUACGCCAAUUAAUUCGUUAAAAAACUCAACAAAUAAAGUUUCUUUAUGGAUGCCUUGGAAGAAAAAACCAAAACCUUAUAUGCCAGAUAAAUUGGUUAUCCCCCUUCCAAUUCCUCAUCCAGCGCAUAUCGCUAUAACAAUUUAUAAUCGAGAUUCCGAUGACCCAAUUCCUUUGGAAUCGGAGAUUUGUCAAAGUAUUUUGAGGGGUAUCGAAGAAAGUCAUAUUUCACCAGAUGAAGCUGGUCGUCCAUUUGAAAUACAAGGUUUCGAAACGGCAAGUUCUAGUUCGGAAACAAUUGAAACACCAAAUACAUGUACCGGAGAUGAAUCUUUGAAUAACGAUUCGAAUCGAAAUUCCGGGGUUUAUCAAUGGACGUUGAAUAAAUGGGGACAGCGAAAACGGAUUAAUUCAGGCAGCGUCCGGGUUGAUUUGGCCAGUCCAGAAGAUGUUACAUUAGAUAGCGAUAGUACUAGAGUUGUAUUUAGCACUUACGGAACUACCGUUUGAUGAUUUUUAUUUAAUUGUCCCAUUUUAAUUUGUUAUUUUUAUCGGAAUUUUAAUUUGAUUGUUUUUUGAUGAUGAGAUUAAUAAUGUUAAUGUUUAACGAUAAACGAGGAUUAAGAAGAAAAGAUAAAGUAGAGUUAGCGAUAAUUAAUUAAUAUUAAAAA